UUCCUUUUUCAUCGUCGAGAGAACGGGUAACAAUGGCUACAGGUUCUACUGUUUCACUUGAGCUCUCUGAUAAGCCAAAGUUACCAAUGUUCACUUCCUUUCCUGCCCAAUCCGAGAAGUUUAUUAACAUCGUUCAAAGGAUUGGAGCCAAAUAUCUAUUGCUGGGCAUACAUUUGUUGAAUGAUGAUACUGGCUCUAUAACACAGUCAAUAAUAGUGUGUGAUCCAAAAUCACCAAUAACCAUCAUUCACAACAUCCUAUCAAGUUGGUUACAAGGUGGUGGGAAAGAGCCAGUGACCUGGGCCACUUUUAUUAAUGUCCUAAAACAAAUUGGUCUGUCAGAAUUGGCUAAAGAACUAGGUGCUGAAUUUCUGGAGUCCUCUCCUUCAGCUUCAAUAGGGCCAUAUUCUGUGCAAGAGUCCAGGCAGACUGUUGCGACUCUAAGUUCUGUUGAGUCCUCUCCUCCACCUCACCCAGACAACCUUCAUCAACACCAAAUUCCUGUCUUCCUCCAUGCUGGUUUCAAGAGCAGCCAUGAGGACCCCCAAAAAUCCCAGCCUACUGCUAUUGCAGUGUCCUCGCCCCCUCUCCCACCAGGCGGUGCAUUGCUUUCAACAACCCCAGGCAGGGAAGUGGAGGCUAAAAUUGAUGAACUAAAACGGAAAUUUAACCGUCUGAAAAAAAGCAUCCGAGAAGCUCUUGAAAAGUGUAAAAUUGCUGUGCGGGACGUUGCAGAUGUUCUAACCCAACUCUCACCCGAUGAUGAUGAAUAUCACAAACUUUUCCUGGAGAAGCAUGUUGAGCAACUGUGCACCGCAGUCGACAAUUCUGUGCUCUUUGGAAAUAUGAACUUGCAUUGGAACUAUCUCGACCCUAGCCUGCUCGAUCGGCUUGUCAAAGAGCUGAGUUUGAAUGAGGUUAAGGAGAAUAUAACGACCUACAAAUCAGAUCUUCAGCAGUUCCGAAUGUCGACACCAUUAACAGUGUUUUGUCAAACACAGAAGAGAAGGAGAAUCGAGCUCUCGCCAGAAUUCAAGGAGAUGGUAGCUGAGUUUAAGUUGCCAAAUGAUACAACGCUAGAGGUUGUCGAGCAAUUCCGACAGGAGUACGCCUCUCAAUAUAAUGUCCAUGAGUUUGCCAUGAUGGUAGCCAAUGUCCGCUCUGGCUCAUUCAUAAUCACCUGGUUCAUACCCGAAUCGAUCGUUAACAAACUGACAGGGAAGUUGCCCAGAGCCGUCGUGGACAUUCUGAGGAAAUAUUCCGUAGCCACUCUCACCAUUGCUGGAGUCUGUGUCUAUUCUUACAAAAAGAAAACUCCCCGUGAUGUUUCACCCAACAGCAAAUCUGUUACUUCAACUACAAUUAGUCAAGAAGCAUCAGAAGAUGGUGAGUCUUUCCAUUGACUUCCAUAAAGAAGCCACUGUCCACUAUCCUGUGGAGACUGCUGUUUUUGUUCACCUGGUGGUCGCCAGUACCCUUCUCUCACCUAGAGCUCUGUCCCAAAACACUACCACAGACCAAUGCAUGGAAACUGGUUCAGCCGAAGCAGCCCAAUUCCCUGUCAUCACCUUGCCACAAGAUGUUUACUCCGAUACUGCUGAUGUCCUACAGGAAUUAGCAAAUGAAUACAAUAACAAACCAUUCAGCCUUGAACACAAGACCACUGUCGCCCCCCAUUCCACGGACACCACUGUCGUCCCCCAUUCCACGGACACCACUGUCGUCCCCCAUCCCUCGGAGACCACUGUCGUCCCUCAUUCCACGAACACCACUGUGGUCCCCCAUUCCACGGAGACCACUGAUUCCACCGAGACCACUUCUGUCUCCACUCAAGUUUCAAUAUUGGAGGGGGCUACCCUUCUGUUCCCUUUAUCUGAGGAUGCAACUGCAAUCCCAUUACCAAGUAAAGAGUAUCAGGAUGGAACUGGUACGGACAAAGCUACAUCAAAACUGGAAGCUGAGGCUACUGAUCCUGCUGUCACAGCAAAAUCAAAAGCUGAAUCUGCUUACCAACCAGCUUCCUAUAAACAACAUCAAUUGACAUGAAAUAUCUUGCACAGGAUGGAAGCUCAGGUCCCAGUAAGAGUAGAGUUUUGCCUACAGAUCCGCUGCAUCCAGACUAUCUAUUUGUAAAGGAGCCAUCUCAAGACUUCUACUGUCCAGUGACAUACUGUCUAAUGCUCCGGCCACACCUUACAUCAUGUUGUCGACAAAAUCUUUCAAAGGAAGCUGCUACGAGAAUACAGGGGGAAGGAAAAGCAUGUCCCUUGUGUAGGGCAUCUAAAUGGAGCACAAAAAUUAAUAAGGAAAUGCGAAAAAAAGUGAAAUCACUCAAAAUCCUCUGUCCUAAUGUCGACAGAGGGUGCCAAUGGCAGGGAAAACUAUAUGAUUUUGACAGUCACGUGAAGUCCUGUCCAAUGAAUGAUUCUCCAUUAGUGACACGUCCAACUGGGUCUGUAACGGAAAGAACCAAGCUACAUGAUGCCGCUGAGAGAAGAGAUGUAGAGAUGGUUAAGAGACUGGUGUCAACCAUGGCUGUCGACAUCAAUUCCAGAACUGCACUUACAGGAGAAACUGCUCUCAUUAUAGCUUCUUUUAAAGGCGAUGUUAAGAUUGUUUGUCUGUUGCUAGAGGCUGGAGAAGACCUUAAUAUUACUGACAAGAAUGGCAGGACUCCACUAUUCUGGGCAUCAUCCAGAGGCCACAUUGCUGUAGUGAAGAUAUUGCUAGAGAAUGGUGCUGAUACCAGUAUCUGUCGCAAGGGUGGAGCAAGUCCAGUCUAUGUAGCCAGCCUGAAUGGCCACCCAGAUGUGGUAGACCUACUAGUCCAGGCAGGGGCUGACAUUCACCUGACGGAGACUGAGCAUGGAGAUGCACCUCUGGGGGCAGCUGCUGCCAAUGGGCAUACAGAGACAGUUAAAACACUGCUGAAGGCAGGAGCCACUGUCAACUACAAAGAAAAGAACGGCAUGACUCCAGUGUAUUUGGCCAGUGAGAAAGGUCACACAGAUGUAGUGGAUGUACUAGUCCAGGCAGGAGCUGACAUUCACCUGGACACAAAGAGUAGCAGUUUUCCUCUAUUGAUAGCUGCUUCAAAUGGGCAUACUAAGACAGUUCAGAGACUGCUGGAGGCAGGAGCCACUGUCAACCGUCAGGAGAAGGAUGGUGGCACUGCAGUGUUUGCAGCCAGCCAGGAAGGCCACUCUGGUGUAGUGGACCUACUAGUCAAGGCAGGAGCUGACAUCCACCUGGCAGAUACUAAGUAUGGCAAUGUUCCUCUGGAGAUAGCUGCUCAUAAUGGGCGUACUGAGACAGUUCAGAGACUGUUGGAGGCAGGAGCCAAUGUCAACCAUCAGAACAAGGAGGGGUCCACAGCACUGCAUUAUGCAGCAAUGAAUGGCAACUCAGAGAUGGUGAAACUACUGCUAAGAGCAGGAGCAGUUUGUUUACCUGAUAAGGAGGGAUCGACAGCUCUGGAUGAUGCCAUAGACAACAAUCACAGAGAGGCUGGAACUAUUGCUACGACACGUGGCUUUCAUUAGUUUCUAAAUAGAGCUCAUUGUAACUAAACAUACACACUGUUUGAAAGAAUAUUAUGUUAAUGCAUGAUUUUUGCUCUGUAAAUUGUUUUGUACAAACUUGCUAUCCACUAACUGUA